AUGCUGGGCUUGUCGCCACUGCUGCAAGAGAUACCGAAGCAGAAAUUUGAAAAUAUUUUCGAUAAUUUAAAUCGCAACUACGCCUACGUCAUAACCGAGUAUCAGUGGAAGUUUUUGAAUCGGCAACAGCGUGUGCUCGUACAACCCUAUUUUCAUCUCUCCAAUAUUUGCUUCGGCACCGUCUUCAAGGCGAUACCCGUCCGAUGCGGCGCCGCAUGGUUUGACGCGCUCAAUUUAUUCAUUUUAAUCGUGCACGAAACUGGCUUUUGGAUUCAAUGGGAAGAGCGCGCUUUCAACGAAGCGCUGCGCACCAAAGAUGCACAAAUACUAAAGGAUGCAUAUCCGUUGAGACCGUUAAAUUUGGCUUUCUUCACGAUAGCAUGGAUCGUUUUGGCAGUGGGCCUCACGUUGAGCUGUUGCAUCUUCGUCUUCGAGUAUUACUUGAAGGACGGCAAUCGGGGUCGGUACUUGUACGACAAAUAG